UUGAGUCACUGUGAUGGUGGGAGUGAGAGGAAAGCGUCAUUCUUACGGUUUUUUAUUUAGCUUCACAGAAGCAAGAAGAAGAAAAAAAGAACUCUUUUUGAAAGCAAUCAUUUUUUUCUUUCAACGAAACUUUCAACCAACACUACUUGUUGUUGUUGCUGCUGCUCUUUCUCUUCGUUUUCUUUCCUUGUCUUUCCCUUAGAUCUCUUUCUUUGAACUCUUAUCCUUUGGAUUUUAAUUCGAUUCUUCUGCUUGGUUUUAUCACUUUCUUUUAUAAACUCAGUGUUUCUUCUGAUCUGGGUUGUGCUCUCUCUGCUAAUUUUAGUUGUUGGUUGUAGAAACAUUUGAGCAGAUAGAUCGAAACCCCAAGAAAAAAAUUAGAAAAGAGAAAUCCUUUUGGGGUUUCUGAUUGGGUUUGUUUGUCUCAUUCUGAGCAAUGAGUUCACAGGUUUCUUGUCUACUUGCUUGAGGCUUUUGGUUUCGUAGAAUCGAAUAGAGUUAUGAGAAGAGGUAGAGGAAAAGGCAAGAGGCAGAAUGCUACUGCUAGAGAAGAUCGUGGAAGCGGUGAGGAAGAAAAGAUUCCAGCUUACAGGAGAAGAGGAAGGCCACAGAAGCCGGUGAAAGAUGAAACCGAAGGAGAAGAUGAGAUCCUGGAGAAGGAAGAAGAAAAGGAUGAUGAUACAAAUGGUUCAGUAGUAACAAGUAAAGAAGAAGUGACUGAGAAUGGGAGGAAGAGGAAGAAACCAGUAGAGUCUAAAGAGAGCAAUAUAACCGAAGAAGAGAAUGGGUUAGGAUCGAAAUUAAGCACAGAUGAUUCAGUGAAGUCAUCAUCUAUUGGGUUUAGACAAAAUGGGAGCAGAAGGAAGAACAAACCAAGACGAGCUGCGGAAGCAGUUGUUGAAUGUAAUGGGAUUUGAAAAGAGGUUCUUAAAAUGCUUUUGGAACCGCACUUUUGUUUUUUUUUUUUUUGUUUUCUUCUUUUUAUUGAAAUACUUUUGUUGUUAGGACACGAGUUUUAUGCGGCUGCGUUUUUGUUUUCAUAUAUGGAAUCAGGAUUUUCGAGUUUUUCGGACACUGCCCAUUGUCC